UUUUGUGUUGCCUAACUAAAAAGUAUACCCAAAAACUAUAAAAAAAAGAAAAACAAACGUUAGAAGUAAGGCUUGUUGCUAUUAAAAUAAUCAUAGAACAAUUUUACCAACUUCUACGGUCACGCAUUGUAAACUAAAUACCAAAAAAAAAAAAAAAAUGUUGAGGUUAUGUCUUCCAAAGAAGUUUAGGUAAACAACAAUGUCGAUUCUAGAAUAUUCCAAAAAAACCGCUCUAGUGCAAAGACCCCCCAGAUAUGCCCAUAAUUGUAAUCUGUGCCCGUACUUUACAACAUCAGGUUUUUUCAUGGUGAACCACGCCAAGCAACACUUGUCACCCCCAACCCCAUUUAACUGUCAAAACGAAAACACAAACGUGGAACUUUACCACUGCAAAGACUGCAAUUUUCAAACAGAAUUAACCCUUGUGUUCCAACAACACAUGAAAAAAUGGCACAGUGUUAAAGAAAUCGUACAAAGUCUACCCUCUGUCACCAAGUACGUUUGUGAACGGUGCCAGUUCGAAACCGGCUUUGUGGUAACGUGGCUUCAGCAUAAUUUGGAAUGUUCACGAAAAAAACACGUUAAAUGGUAUGUAUGUGAAACCUGUCACUACAAAACUCAGCGGCCUUCUCAUUUGAAAAAACACAUAAACGCCCGCCAUUUGAAAGACCACGACGUUAAAUGGCACGAGUGCGGAAAAUGUCCAUACAAAACUAAGUACAAAUGUAGCUUGAAACGUCACAUAAAUGCCUACCAUUUGGAAACGGGACAAAUUAAAUGGAACCAAUGUCAAUGUUGCCCAUACAAAGCCAAAAACAACUCCAGUUUGAAACAGCACGUAAAUAAACACCAUUUGACUGAAAGUGACAUGAAGUGGUUUGAGUGCAAAAAGUGUCCUUAUAAAACUAGAGACAGUUCUAAUUUAAAGAAGCACUUUGUUCAUCAUUUAAGUGAAGGGGAAAUUAAAUGGUUUGAGUGUAACAAGUGCCCAUUCAAAACAAUGAGGAAUACGGCGUUGAAAAAUCACAUAAAUGCGCGCCAUUUGGGUGAGGAGGACAUAACAUGGUACAAAUGUGACAAGUGCCCAUAUAAAGCUAAACAAAACGGAGUUUUGAAAAGACACGUAAUUUCGCGGCAUUUAGACGAACGGGAUAUUAAAUGGUAUGAAUGCACACAAUGUACAUACAGAGGAAAACAAAAUGUUCAUUUAAAGAAGCACAUAAUUACGCAUCAUUUGGAUCAGUUGUUGAAUGGUCACAUGCUUUCGCACUAAGUGGUUAUGCAACCAAUACUACACCAAAAUAAUUGAUUUAAUUAAUUAAUGUUCUUGUGUUUGAAUAUGUAAUUAAAAAUACAAAUAUAUAUGUAAGGACUUUUACAGAA